ACUUGUACUUGUCUACAGUGUGUGUGGAGAUGGGCAAGCGGAGAGUGGAUGAUGCAGAGGACGUGAUCGAUGAGCGUGUGGCUAAGCGAGGGAAGCCGCUGGGUGAGGGGGAGGAUGGUAGGAUGAUGGGGGGGGAGGAGGCGGUGACGGGCAAGGACAAGUCCAAGGACAAGUCCAAGGACAAGUCCAAGGCCAAGUCCAAGGGCAAGGAUAAGGCCAAGUCCAAGGACAAGGCCAAGGCCAAGUCCAAGGACAAGGAUAAGAGCAAGGACAAGAGCAAGACAAUGACCUCGUCCAUGGACGAGGGUGUGACAGAGGCGACAGAGGCCGUGGACAUGGUGGUCGAGCCCGCCGAGAGCGACAAGGCCGUCAUCAACAAGCUGACUGGAAAUCCGAUGCCUCGGGACAAGGCCAAGAGCAAGAAGAAGGAAAAGGACGGUGGGGCCACUGCUGGCCGCAAGAAGCCGCGGUGGAAGAACUCGGAUCAGACCACCGUCUUUGUGGCCAAUCUGUCGUUUAAUGCCAUCGAACCCAAGGUCCGCAAGCUGUUCGAGGACAUCGGUAAGGUCGCCGACGUGCGCUUUGUCAAGGAGAAGGAGACCGGCGCGUUCCGCGGCCUCGCCUUUGUCGAGUUUUUCACCGCAGACGCCGCCCGCAUCGCCGUCGGCCGCUCCGGUGAGCUGAAAUACGCCGGCAAGCAACUGCGCAUCGAGCACAGCCAGACCCGGCUUCAGAUCCCGCGGGCACAGCUUGAAGCAGCGUACGACGCCGCCACCGGCGAGCUCGACACCACCGCUCUCCCGCGCUUCCUGCGCCGCGCCAUCAAGCGCGGCGAGAUGACCACCGACGAGCUACUCAUCCGACUCGGCCUCCGCGAGCCCGAGCCCGAGCCCGAGCCCGAGCCCGAGCCGGCGUCCGACAAUGGCGACAAGCGCAGAAGCAAGGCCAAGGGCGGCGACAACGACGAUGACGCCACCAGCGACAACGACAAUGCCGAGGCUGAGCCCGCCGAGCCGGCUCCGCCGCCGGCCGAUCUCUACGCCGUCCACGUCCACAACCUCUCGUACGACACCACCCAGGCGGAUCUAGCCAAGCUCUUCGCCAAGUACGGCACCGUGGUCUCGGUCACUGUCCACACGGGGGUCAACGGCGCGCCCACUGGCCGCGCCACCGUGCUCUACUUCUCCGGCUCGGGCGUCCGUGCCUCGGUCGUCAACGCGGCCGGCCUUGUGGUCAACGAGCGCCACAUCCACGUCGCCCCGGCCCAUGAGCAGGUCAUGAAGGGCACAACGUACGGCAAGGCCCUGCGUACCAAGCAGCGCGCCGCCGAGCUCGCCGCCGAGCUCGCCGCCAAGACCAGGCGCUCCAAGGGAGCAAGCAGCCGUGGCCGCCGUGGCCGCGGUCGCGGCGGCCGUGGUCGCGGUCGCGGCGGCCGCGGCCGUGGCCGUGGCCGUGGCCGUGCCUCUGCAGGUCCGUCGCGCGGCUCGCCGGCCAUCCGCGGCGGCAAGUUCUUUGCCUCGUGGACCGCCACCGCUGACUCGUGAACAGCCCAGUCCCCCUGAUCAUGUGAUGAAUCCCAUGCCAUCACUUGCCGUCCCAACAUCAAUGUGCUUGUCCGCAGUGCCAAUGAAACUCGCGCAUCAACCCGA